AUGUCGCGUAUUGCAGAGGAUCAAGUGGUCGAGUUCUCACUUGAGGAGGUCCAAUCUGGGAGGUUUCGCACUUCUAGGACCCUUCUUGGAAGGCUCUUUUCGGAAGCCAGGCUUACCACCUUGGAGUUGAGGGAUGUUCUAAUCGAAGCUUGGUGGGUGAAAGGAAACCUUAGGGUUUCACUCACUAAAUUUGGCCUAUUUGAAGUUGUUCUCCCAAGUGAUGAGACAAGGGUGUGGGUCCUGAAAAGAACGCCCUGGAUUGUCAAAGACAGGAAUUUCCAUCUUCGUUCCUGGACACCAUCCAUUUCGAGAGUCACCUUUGAUGAGUUGGCCAUUGCCCCCUUUCCCGUUCAGCUCUGGAAUGUGAAAGAUGACUGCUUCACUAAGCAGUUUGGCCGGAAAGUGGCAACUGGUACUAUCGGCCAGGUCUUGGAGGCAGAUGACUUUGCGUCCAAGGACACGGAAGAAUUCUUUGUUAAAGUUCUUGCUCUCAUCGAUUUUACCAAGCCUCUGAGUUCUCAAAUUAUGGCGGUGAGUGCAGAGCUGGGCAGUUUCUGGGUAAAUCUCAAAUAUGAGUUUUUACCGACCAUCUGCUUCUACUGUGGUCGCGUGGGGAAUUCUAAACGCGACAGCGUUUUUGAUUCCCCUCUGGGGAAAGAACGGUACGGACCGCACAUGUCAACAAGGAAGCUAGGAAGGAAGAUUUGCAUGGCUGAAGAGGAUUAUCCGAAUUUCUGGAAUAUUAGUAAGUCUGUGUGGGUUAACAAGAAUGUUCAACGCCAAAAUAAUGGAAGUGCGAAGAUUGAUAGGGGUCGAGUGGAGGAGGUAUCACCGAUGCUCAAUGAUCGUGCUCAGGAUCAAGGCGUGUACCAUCCAGUGUUUGCAGAACCGGAAGCUCAACCCAGAAGGAAGCCACAGCCUAGGCUGAGAGAACCAAACAACAAAGUGGCUGGGAAUCAUACUAGCCCCAAGAAGUUUGUCAUCAAGAAGUUGACUCGGGCUCCUCAUCACCAGCAGGGGGUGAUUCCUCUGGAGGUGGCUCUUGAGCAGUCCCGGAGGCGUAUGAUGAUUCUGCAGGAGGAAUCUGAGGAGGAGGAGACUGCAGAUGUUACAGCAGUGCAUCCCAUACAGUCACGUAUCCCCUCGGGCCCCGCCAAAGACCCUGUUCAUAAACCGCCGAUGGAUCCUCAGCUGCACUCCAAGACUGCGACCCAGCCAGGGGUCUUAACUCCUCGGGCUCGCCCACGUCUGAGAAAAGAUCUUCAAUCCUUUGAAAUCAAGCGUCGGUCACCAAAUGACGCAUCCAGGAAGACUUGCCCAGUCAUGAAAGGGUGUGUUCAUCAAGUGGUGGAGGCGUUCGAGGCCGGGCUAGUCAUCGUGCGAGAGGAAAGAGCUCCCUACAAGGGGUCGAGAUUGAACCUGAAUGAAUAUGGGUCUAAUCUGGUGGACCCUCUCAUGGAGAAUCGGAAACAUGUGCUCGAGGAGUUGGAUGGGGAUGUGGGUGACCCUCCUACCCCAAAGAAGCAAUUUGUGGAGUCAGCUAAUGUUUUGGAGAAGGUGGAGGAAGCCAGCCUCGAGUGGCCCCCAGCCGAUAAAUGA